CACUUGCCGACAACUACAGGUCAUGAUGAAUAAAUUUUGGUGGGGUGGUUGUCGUGAGGAUGGGAGAGGGAUGAAUUGGCUCUCGUGGGAUCGAAUGUGCGGCCGUAAAUCGGAAGGUGGGAUGGGCUUUCGGGAUUUGGCUAGUUUUAAUACUGCCUUAUUGGGAAAGCAAGGUUGGCGUUUGUUGGUUGACACCAAUUCUCUUCUAUAUAGAGUGCUCAAAGCUAAAUAUUUUUCGAAUGGGGAUUUUUUGUCAGCUCGGUUAGGUUCUAACUAUAGCUUCGUUUGGAAGAGUAUUUUGUCUUCUCAACAAAUGUUGCAACGUGGGGUAAGGUGGCGAAUUGGUGAUGGUAAGCAGGUUUUUGUUGUUAAUUGCCCUUGGAUUCCUCGGGAUAUUGGUUUUAUGCCUUUAGAUGAGGCGAUGUUUGUUCCUGAAGCCAUGAGAGUAUGUGAUUUGUUUGUUGAAGAGAAAGGACUGCACGUAUGGCUAUACAUGCAUGGAAGUUAUGGCAUGCCAGGAAUGAAAGAUUGUGGGUCAAUAAAGUUUUGUCACCCAGUGAGGUUCAUCAUGCUGCUAGUUCCUAUUUUAAUGAUUAUGUGGCUUCACUUGUGUCUCGACCAAGGACGUUAUCCCACCCAUCUGUUCCUCGUGUGCUCCCAUUGGUUGAGGCUACCACUCUUGAAGUUGAUUGGAUUGCAUUCAUUGAUUGUGCAGUCUUUGCUAGUGCUGAUUUGUUCGGUUUUGCAGCAGUAUUUGAGGACUUGGAAGGCUUCUUUUCCAUUGCAAUUUCGGGUUUCUAUGAGGGGGGUGGGCAACCUGUUAUUGCUGAAGCUUUGGCCUUGCGUCAAUGUUUAUCUUAUGCUAGAGAUUGUUUUCUUCAGGCGGGUUGUAUUUUUACGGAUAACCAAUCCUUAGCCUUGGCUAUUCGCUCUCCUCUGGAUGACUUUUCAGAGUUUAGAUUAGUUGUUUCUGAUUGCAAAGAUGUUAUGCGGUCUCAGGGUAACAUUCAUGUUUGUUGGGUACGGCGUUCAGAAAAUAGAGCCGCCCAUUUAUUAGCUAGAGA